AUGACAGCGGUGUUGGAACACCUCCAACACCUGCACAUGACAGCUGUGUUGGAACACAUGCAACACCUGCACAUGACAGCUGUGUUGGAACACAUGCAACACCUGCACAUGACAGCUGUGUUGGAACACAUGCAACACCUGCACCUGACAGCUGAGUUGGAACACACGCAACACCUGCACAUGACAGCUGAGUUGGAACACAUGCAACACCUGCACAUGACAGCUGUGUUGGAACACCUGCAACACCUGCCCAUGACAGCUGUGUUGGAACAAACGCAACACCUGCACAUGACAGCUGUGUUGGAACACACGCAACACCUGCCCAUGACAGCUGUGUUGGAACACCUGCAACACCCGCCCAUGACAGCUGUGUUGGAACACACGCAACACCUGCACAUGGCAGCUGUGUUGGAACACACGCAACACCUGCACAUGCAACACCUGCACAUGACAGCUGUGUUGGAACACAUGCAACACCUGCACAUGAGAGCUGUGUUGGAACACAACACCUGCACAUGGCAGCUGUGA